AAUUUGAUCAUAUCUCUAUAAAUAUCUUAAUUUUGUUCAAAGAAAAAGAAUUUACCACCAAGGAAGCUGAAAAACAAGAGGAAAAAGACGGAAUUCCACAUCAUGGCUCCAAAAUCCCAAGAAGAGAUGAAGAAAAGGAGCAUAAUCUUCUCCAAAUCUUUGUCCCCCACUUGCAUUUCCAAGUGCCUGAGUAUCUCCAAGAAGAGCACGCUCGAGUCCUUACCGUCUUUUGGGAAAGGUCAUGCCAUAGAGCUCGUGGUUGAGGACGAAGAUGGAGUUAAGUGGCCAUUUAGAUGCUCCAUCAGGAAGAAAGGACCUCACCCAAAGGCUGUCCUCCGCAAAGGUUGGCUCAGCUUUGCCAAAGCUAAAGGGCUUAGGGUUCAUGACAAGGUAACUUUGUACAAGGAGAUUGAUGGGAUCAGAGUUUUUGGUGCUUCUCUCCCUUUCUCACGCUAUACUAUUGAGUUUCAGAGGGCAGCUGCAGAUCAUCGAAGUGAUUUUGAGGUUGAAGUUGUGCAGAAGAGAGAAAAGGGAACAACAUGUUUGCCUUCUACUUCAAUUAGCUUUUCUGAUUAUGAGUGGUACAAUUAAUUAGAUGUUGAAAUAAGUUUAUCCGUCAAACUAGCUAGUUUGAUUGAAGUACUUCAAUCAAAAUAAUUAAUCUCUGUUUUUGAUCAUGAGAAUUAGGGAAUAACCCUAAAACCCUUUCUGUAUGGAUUAAUAAUUUCAUCACUUUUGU